UCACGUCUUUGGAACCUUCAGCUGUCAGACUUUGGCCACCCUAAAAGUACAGGUUUUGUUAGCAAACUAACUCGAACUGUUCAACCAGCGCCGAGUUUAUUUAAAGUUGUGCAUUCAAUUGCCAACUAAUCUUUGAACGCGCGAGCUGGUGAUCGAAGCAACAAGAUUGCACGAAGACGAACCAUCUUGUUUUAAUCGCUGCUAGUAUUUGCACGACAAGCCAGCGAUCCUGAGCGGGUGUAAGGGUAGAUGCAGGGAGGGAGGGAGUAAAAAAAGGCAAAAGUCUUUGUGCUUCCCUUCCCCCUCAUCAAAGCAAAGGGGAAAUGUCUCUGUCUAAAGGAGGGAAGAAGAAGAACCCUGGGCUGAAGCUGGCCAAAGAAGUGUUUGCACAGCCCCAACCAGCAGCAGCAGCGCCCCCCAGAGAUCUUGACUCUAAAGCUUGUGUCACAAUUGGAGAUCAGAACUUUGUGGUGAAGGCAGAUGACUUGGAGCAGAUUGCCGAGCUGGGGAGGGGAGCGUACGGGGUUGUGGACAAGAUGAGACAUGUGCCCAGUGGUGUUAUCAUGGCUGUCAAGAGGAUUCGUGCCACAGUCAACACUCUGGAGCAGAAGAGGCUUCUGAUGGACCUGGACAUUUCUAUGAGGACAGUGGACUGCUUCUACACUGUCACCUUCUACGGCGCACUCUUCAGAGAGGGGGAUGUUUGGAUCUGUAUGGAGCUGAUGGACACUUCCCUGGAUAAGUUCUAUAAGAAGGUUAUUGAGAAAGGCAAAACCAUCCCUGAGGACAUCCUGGGGAAGAUCACAGUAGCAAUUGUCAAGGCAUUAGAGCAUCUGCACAGUAACCUGUCAGUGAUACACAGAGAUGUGAAGCCCUCCAAUGUUCUGAUCAACACUCAGGGCCAAGUGAAAAUGUGCGACUUUGGCAUCAGUGGCCACCUGGUGGACUCCGUGGCCAAAACAAUGGAUGCAGGCUGCAAGCCCUACAUGGCGCCUGAGCGGAUCAACCCUGACCUCAACCAGAAAGGCUACAGUGUCAAAUCAGACAUAUGGAGUCUUGGUAUCACGAUGAUUGAGCUGGCCAUUUUGAAAUUCCCCUACGACUCAUGGGGCACCCCGUUCCAGCAGCUCAAACAGGUGGUGGACGAGCCAUCUCCACAGUUGCCCGCCGACUGCUUCUCUCCAGACUUUGUAGAUUUCAUCUCCCAGUGCUUAAGAAAGAGGCCAAAUGAGAGACCAGCUUAUACAGAAUUAAUGAAACAUCCAUUUUUCACCCUGCAUGACUCCAAAGAGACAGACGUGGCCAGUUUUGUCAAGGUCAUCCUGGAUGACUGAUGGGCUCCCUCCGGGCUCCACCCCAUCAGGGUAGGCGGGACCUCUCAGCAAACGAACCAAUGGCCUACCUUUUUCUUUUUUUUGUUUUGUUUUUUUUUUUUUUUUAACUCACUGGAAUGACAGACUCUCAUGCACCCACACACAACAGGGCGGGGAGGGGGGUGGGGGGGUGACCCAAAGACUGACAGCAGCCCAGCAGCACUGGAGUGGGAGAAUGGUGGUAAUAUGAACUCGUACAGUCAACUGGAGAGGUUUAAUUCACUCCAAGCUUCCUGUGUGCGCAGUUAUCCAUCACGAUGAAUAUGAACUGAACCUGAUGUUUUUUUUGUCUUGUUCUCCUAGUCCCCCCCCUCCCCUAUCUCUUUUCAGAAUGGACAGAGCCAGCCAUUAUUUUUUCGUGACACAUAUUGUAUUAAUAAUUUGAAUUUCAUCUGCAAAAACCAACAGUUAAUGUGUAUGUUGUUGCAUAUUGAAAGCUAUAUUUGCAUAUGCGUUUGUAUGUUCUCUCAUUAUACAGAGUUUUGAUACUGUAUAUUGUUGACAAGUGUGAAUUUUACCGGACUAGGGCCUUAUUUGUCAGAUGGCAUCAGGUGAACAGUCUGACCUGGUGCCGCCCGGAGGCGACUGGUCAGUGCAGGGGCAGAGGGGAGGGCUGCAGUUGUCGCGGGCUGGGCCGUGGGAGGUUCCAGGGCUGCGACAGAACAUGUAAGACGUGUCAAAGGUCACAUUCUGGGUGAGAGAAGUUGCAAGUCAUUCCUAGAUCGCUCUGUGGCGCGAGGCAGGAAUGUAAGGCGUCCCAUAUCAUCAGUGAUCUGAGGCGUAACCCCUCCGUACUCCUCUUCUUUCUUGGGUAUUAAAGAGCGGGUUCCAGUGCUGCCAUUGUUACUACCUGGAAGUAUUCAGGGGUUGCCUAAUCAAGCUCACAGCUUUAUCUUUUUUCUGUGUGCCAUUUUGCAAAUCGUUCUCAUGAAUUACUGCAUUAAUUGUCUUUUUCUCUUUUUUGGACUUGUUCAGGCCUGCAUUUUGAUUUUAUUUCGGCAGCAUUUAAAUUUAUUCUUCCCUUUGCCUACCUUUCUCAAUUCUGGAGUCAGCAUAGUCUUUUCAUAUGAGGCACUUAUGUUUUCUUUUUUUCUUUUUUUUUUUCCAGAGACCUUAUUAUGCCUUACACCGACAGUAUGGUAGGGAAAUAAUUUAUGUGUUAAAGAUGUAAAUACUAUCUCCUUUUUUAAUGUAAUACGGCACUGUCCCAACUUGGCAGUGUAGAUGAAUGGUAGAGUGGUUGGUAUUAGUUAGUUUUAAUGCAGUGUGACACGCGUACACAAACACUUGUACUCACAAGGCCAGCUGACUGUCGUACACCUAUUUUGGACUGAUGUGCUGUCAGGCGCCACUGCUCAGGUUUCGGUGCUCUCCUUCAUGAGGAGACGGCCUCCUUUUUUUUUUUUUUUCCCCCUCCCCCAGGUCGUGCUCUUCUUGAGUGCUGGACCGAGAGCCUCUCUUCAGUCCAUGGUGGGCAGCCAUUAUCUCUUCUGUCAGACCAUACUAUGCAGAGCUCCUUGGACUCAUAACAAGAGGCCCUGGCCAUGUGGCAGUUUCCCCACUCCAAAGUGUUCAGAGACUGUGAUGAUGAUGAUGAUGGUGGUGGUGACGAUAGUGAUGAUAACUGCCGUGCCCUCUGUUCAUGGCUAGCACUCAUUGCCUCUCUGGUUUACACUGUAGUGCGACCUUUAUCAAAAGUCAGUGAGUUAGGAGUAUUUAUGAUUGUGAAUUAUAAGGGAAAGCUAGCAACACCACAAAGAAGCUGCUGUUAUUUUUUGUUUUGUUUUAAUUUUUUUCCUUCUUUAGUUGGCCUUCUUUGGAUGGCCAUUCCCUUGGUGUGUAAAAGUGAGUUUUUACGCUGAUCACAAUGAGAAUGGAACACUUGCUCUACCUCUUACUCCUUCACUCUAUUUGCCACCUUUUCAUUGGGUGGGACUGACAAACUUGAACUAUGGAAAGACAAAAAAAUAAAGGCUUUAUUGUUCAUUA